GUGGUGCUCAUGGCAACCAGCAUAAACACUUUUCAGUAGCUACGUUUUCGCUGCUUGUACAAAACGGGGCGCAAAGGGCAAGGAACGUUGUUGUCAUGGCGUUCUGUGAGGACCAAUACUAUGAAAGAAUUGGAUCCAUUCAACAAAGCAUGCACGAAAGGGAAAAGAGGAGACUUGAGUUGGAGAGGGAGUUGUUUGCUUACUGUAGAUCUGACAAGAGAGGUCCUCAGAUAAAGUGUGCCACACUCCGUGGUUAUCUCAAGGAAAUCUGUGAGAGAGAGAAACAGGCAAAAAUUCGAAACCUGGAGCUCCUGAGAGAUGUGGAGUGCAUUGAAAUGAGCAUGAAGGAGCACUGUCCUGACCGUAACCCUCUGGAUGAACACAAGGUUGAAUGCUUGAAUAGAAUUUCCAGAUUUAUGGCAGCAAGGCAGAAGAAAGAAGAGCCAAAUCUUAAAAUAGACAAGGGAGAUUUGUUGAAUUGCUAUCCUCAGGGUGAGUCCCCCUCACCACAGGCCAGGGGUUUACGCCAACCAUCUGUAAUCUUCAUGGGUCGCCAGACCUCCAGAAGUUCCGCGGCUGAAGAUGCCACCGCAAGUAUACACUUACGACAAGCGGAGCGUCAUUCGCCAAAUCAUCCAUCACAUGCCUCGGAAUGCCUGCAAAGUGGCCUUUCGAAUGACUCCAAAGUUUCCAGAGAGGUCGUUGCCGACAGCGGAGCGUCUUUAUCAGUUGACAUUUCAGGCUCAAACGAUUCCCCCGACGGCUGUAAUUUGUGUGACAAACAUGAAAGGACGGCGGCAGUGGUUCCAUCUGUUCGUACCUUAACAGCCAGCGCCGGCGUGCCUUUUGGAGGUGAUGAACAACUGACUUCACCUCGGGUGACCUUGACGAGGCCUGAGAAGAAUAGCCCAUCGCCCAGCACUAUCAGCCAUAUGUGGGACAGGAAUUCACCUGCAGAAUACACUCGGGGUAGAGGGUCUGGUCAUCAGGAGAGCAUAAAAGAAGAUGUGGAGAGAGUUCUGCAAAGAUCACUGCCUCAAACUGACUUGGGAAAAGAAUCUCAAGAUGUGCCAGAGAAGAGUGAAACCCUUAGUAGAUCCAGUUCCAGUAUGGAGCUGUCAGUGACCAGCAUUGGUAGUGACCUGUCCACCUCCCUGACUGAGUCUGACCUGGCUGAGCUACCAAAGGUGCCAGAGGGUGUAGUCCAUACAGCCAGCCACACCAGGAGGACAGCCAGCCACACCAGGAGGACAGACAGCCCACCACAGAGGAGUGCUAUUCCACCCAGCGAGAGGGAGCUCUGCAGCGCCAGUGUUCACAGUCAAUCACUGGACACUCCAGAGCCUAGGAACAGACCAGAAUCACGUAGCGAAUCCACGUCUCCAGAAAUCCCAUUCAAAAGACUGUCCAUGGAGGGAUUCUUCCAUCUACUGGAGAGCAUCGAACAACGAUUCCACAGAGGAGAAAGAAGUGUGUACUGUGUCUCGUCACUUGGCGAUAGCAAACGCAAUAAAGUGAUCAGCCUUUGUAACGCCAGGGCAGGCUUGAAUGGAGAGGACCUUGAUGCAUGUGGAGCAGUCGUCCUUCACCAGCUUCAGAGGUUGUCAUGGACCAUGUCAAUGGGUUGCCUGUUACCCGAAGAGCUAGUUAGCUCCAACUGGUCCACCACUGAGCCCAGGAAAAUAAGCUCCCGUCUCCCCCCUGAUGCUGCUCCUCUGUGGGAUCGCUGGUUCAAGCACGCCCUUCUGCUGAAGGACUACCAUGUCCUCACCCCCGAGCGCCUCGUCCAGCUGUUCACUCCACUGCUGCUGCCAUACAACGCCUCCUAUAGUGCCAAGGCCAAAGUGCUGCUGAGGACACUUCUGUCCCGGUCCAGUGAGGAGUGCCCCUCGGUGGAGAGUGAGUCUUCAUCUUGUGGCCUUCCCUCGUUCCUCAACGACAGCAUUGCGGAGGUCCAACCAGCCAGACCUUCUCAGGAGCACAGCGCCUCAGGGAUGCAAGGACUACAAAGUGGUGAAGAGGACAGCCAAGACGAGAGCCCCGUGGAAAGUAUUCCUAUUAAAGAGACAAAAGCAUAUCAGCUGCUUAAACAGUCUGCCACGCAGGCGAGGCAGCAGAGCUCUGGAGACGAGGAGGAUCUGUCAGGAAUAAAUGAUGGCUAUGAAGAGAAUACUGGGAGGGUUGAGCGCUCCUCUCAUCAAGACCCUUACCCUUGGAGAGAAACGACAAAAAUGAAAACCUACUCUGCUGUACAGUCUAAAGCUUUUUGGGGAGAGUCAGACGACAGCAACUCCGAGAUAGAAGCAGCUCUGCGCCCUCAAUACAAUACGAACAAUGACAAUUCUGAGGAUUUUUAGGACUGACUACCUGAGAAAAGGGAUUCUUAACAGAAGCUGCUGAGAGAAACUCUCUCUACGUUGUACAUUGUAAACUGUAUGCAUACUGUAUCAUAAAAAAAGGUAUAAUGAUAAACCUGAUACCUCUUACUAUGGUUAAAGUAUGUGAAGAGUUUUCAAACGCACCGAUGUUAACCCUGCUUCAGUCUCUUCAUCUGAAUGACUCUUACAACUCAUAAUAACAGCUUGAAAUAGAUUAAACGGGUCUUUUGAAGCGAUUUGUUUGCACUAGGCUGGAAAUCAUGCAUUUUGAAUGCUGCUAGCAUCUCCGAGUGGUCUGCAUCUAGCAUGCUUGAGUGUAGUGACGUGAGUAACCUGUGAAAUGACAAAGAACAAUGGCCACUCUGGAUGUUACCAAACGACCUGCGGACCUGUUGAAGUGGCCCAUCGCCCAGGACAAGAUGUACCGUCGUGUUAACAGAUCCACAAUGAUCACAAUGUAUGUUUUUGAAACAAGUUGUACUUAUAUACAAUGAUUAUAUCAGACCUGUAUUCUUUUUCAUUUCCCAUGGGCCUUUUCAUUUGCUAUGACAUUUCAAACUCACUCGUUUUUUAUUGCUCAGAAGAAGUACAAUCAUGUUUUCAUGUUCAAUUUUUUUUUAUAAUGCUUGGUGAUCAAAUGACGUGUCGAGUAGACAUACAGUACUCAAAAGACAUAAUAAUUAAUUUUGUGGAAAAAAAACAUGCAGUUUGUUAAACCCAUCAACCUCCCUCCUCCCAUCCACCCUUUUCCUUUUCACCCUUCAAGUAGCAGUGCAUGUCAAUGACAGUGACUAUUCAUUACACUAGUUAAAAUGCCUUGGAAAUAAAUUCACCUGAACCAUGCAGCAUC